AUGGGCACCUGCGUCUACCAGCUGGCCGCCCUCUGCUCUGAUGACACCACCCUUGUCCCCUUCCCCAUCACCGUGGAGAACAACAACCGGGGCAGCCGCGUGGUCUCCUACACCAAGGAAGUCACCUUGAAGGUCUACAACAUGACCCUCAGCCUCAGCCAGGCGCACCCCCAGAAGCUCAAGGUCAACGACAUUCUGGUGGAUCUGCCCUUCAAGCACGGCACCCAGCUCCAGGUCUACAUCAGCGGCGUCCACGGCUUCAUCAAGACUGACUUCGAGGUCAUCGUCACCUUCAACUGGCACAGCUACGCCAGGGUCAUCCUCCCCAACACCUACGCGCGAUCCGUCUGCGGCCUCUGCGGCAAUGCCGACGGCAACCCCCAGGACGACUUCGCUUUGCCCGAUGGGCAGCAGGCUGCCGACGAAAUCCGAUUCGCCGACUCCUGGAAGGUGGCUGACGUCCCCGGUUGCUGGGCCGGUUGCGCCGAAGGUUGUGAAGGUUGCACCGAAGCGGAGAAACGCGCCUACCGCGGCGACAAGCACUGCGGGCUCCUGGUGAAGCAGGGCGGACCCUUUGCCGCCUGCCACGGCGCCGUCGACCCGACCUCUUACUUCGACGACUCCCUCUCCUGCCCUCCCCCCAGCCACUACGAGCUCUGCGCCCACACCUGCGCCCGCGCCUGCGCCAGCCUCUGCCUGCACCGCGGCCGCUACUUCGAGGAUGGGGACCGCCCGGCCGUGGUGGCCCUUCACCUCUUCACCCCCCGGGUCUUCAUCACCGUCAAGAGGGGCAAGAAGGUCUGGGUCAACGGGGUCCCAGCCACCCUCCCUGUGGAGGUCUCCAGCACGUUGACCAUCGCUGAGACCCGGGAAACCAUCUGGCUCACCCAAAAACCCGAACUCGUCGUCGGCUUCAGCCCCGCCGGGGAGGGGACGGGGACGGGCCAGGACCUGAGCAAGCGGCUCUGCGGGAUCUGCGGGAACUACAACGGUGACGCGGCCGACGACCUCCGAGGGCCCGAUGGGAAGUUGGUGGGGGCCGUGGCGGCCAUGACCAAGGCCUGGAGAGCACCCGACUUCACUCACUCCCUCCCAGUUUGUUCCAGUUUGUCCCAGUCCCCUUCAGUGUGCCCUUCAGCGUUCCCAGUCCCUCCCAGUCCGCUCCCCAGUCUCCUCCAGCCUGGGCAGAUGAAGGCUCCCACCAUUCUCCUCCUCCUCUUCCUCGGCCAUACGGGGAGCAGCCCUGUGACCACGAAGGACAACCAGGGGGGUGGGCUGCUCUACCCCUUCGGGCUGAAGGUCGGGGAUGCGGCCACCCCCCGCGAAGAUGAUGGGAUGAGCCCCGAGAUCUUCCUCUCGGAGACCUUCUACUUCUACGGACACCCCCACCGCUCCCUCUACGUGAACACCUUCCAGGCCGUCCUGGUGGUCGCCGGGGCCAACUGCUUCGUCAUGUUCAACUACGGGGACCUCCAAUGGACAACCGGCAUCGCCAACCAGGGCGACGCCCACACCGGCCUGGGGGGUGUCCCUGCCCAGGGAAAUUUUGGGUGGAAUUAA